CACUUCUGGACAAAAAGGGUUGACCUCCCAAAUGGGUGGGGGCCAACCCACGAAUUUAGACUCAUUAUUCAAGGCCUGAGCAGGUUGGUAGGAGAGGUGAGGUGGGAGAGGACUGAUUUGAGAUGUUUGGCAUCAAAACAAAUCAUUGUGGCCCUCCUCUCUUUCACUCAUUGCCCAAAAGGAGACAAAGGGACAUUCCUACCCAUCCCCCUCCUCACUAGUUCGGCCAGCAGCAAGGGAAAGGAGGAAAUAACCUCUACAACUUCAUCUUUCAUAGCAAAAUUCGAGCUAAGCUCAAACAAGAAAGUUGGGAGGAAGUUAAAGAAGGAAAAAGCUAGGAAAAGUGUGAAAAUUAAGCCUUGUUAGGAACUUGAUUUAAAGUAUUUUUGAGCUUCGCCGGAGUUUCGUCGGAGUUGGUCAAAGUUCGCCGGAGUUGGUCAAAGUUCGCCGGAAUUAGUCAAAGUUCAAUCGAGAAGCAUAGAACGCGCUUAAGCUUAAUUAAGUUUCAGGUAGAACUUGAAGGUUGCUACUACCAGCCACUGUUCGGGAAGUUUCUGAGAAGAAGACUUGAAAUGGAACCAGUUGGAAGGAUCACUAGAAGGAACCCGUUGGGCCGUGCACCGGGUGAGUCCGAGCGCGGUAGCCGGGGGUCCUCUAGGGGAUCAAGAGGAAGGGGCCAUGGAGGCCAACGUCAAACCGUGAGCGAUGGCCACGUCGAUACCGAAAGUGAGACCUAUUGGUCCUAUGAGGACUCAACCUACCAGCCGGGGACUGAGCCAGUUGAGACCCCUUACGAAGAGAAUGAUGAUGAUGUGAGUGAUGAGGAGGAAAGUGACUCCUUGGCCAGGAUCGAAGCGCUGCUCCAACAGUAUCAUCGGGAGCGCGAAGAAAGGAGGGCACGCCGAAAGCACCGUGCAGGGCAACCUUCGGGCGGGGCUCCAAGAGGGAGGAGCUAUUGCGAUUCGAGAACCCAUGUGGAAGCGCAUGGAAGUCGGGGCGAAGGAGGUCCAGCCAUAAGGAUCUCCAAAUACAUCAAAGAGGCGAGGGACUUAGGGAGCAAACCGUUCGAUGGGACGGGAGACAUCUCGGUUGCCGCACAGUGGAUCAAGAGGCUGAACGAGGCAGCCCUUGACAUGCAGCUCACCCCCGAUUUUAAACUGAGAAUCGCGGUAAGGUUACUCGAAGGGUUGGCAUCCAAAUGGUGGGAUGGAACCAAGGGUAAGUAUGGCGGAACUGUUACAUGGGAGGAUUUUCGACAAGAAUUCUUUGCCUUGUACUACUCUGACUUCGAAGUAAACGCCAAGGUGAGGAAAUACACUCUCCUAACCCAAGGCGGUAACAUGACGGUGAAAGAACUUGGGAACAAGUUCAGAGACCUUGCUGAUCACAUACCGGAGUAUGCUUGUGAUGAAAACCGAAUGGUGAAUCAUUUUUGGGAGGCUUUGGACUUGGAGAUACGUGACAGGGCAACUCAAUUGCCCAAUAUGACUUUCAGCCAAGUGGUUGCCCAAGGGUUGAAGGGAGAAAAGCAAUGGGAGGAGAGGAAGAAGAGAGAUGCCGAAGAGGCUAAGAAAAGAAAGUGGGAAAGCCAUGGUCCCCAAGGUCCCAACAAGAAGGGGAACCAUGGGGGAGGUGGAUCGUUCAGGGCACCGGCAGCACCAUCCAAGGGAAACCCGGCCACGAGCGGGCACUACUCGGGCUCACAAGCCCCAAUGACGCCCAGGUGCAGGAAUUGCAACAGGAACCACACCGGUAAGUGUCGUGAUCCACCACGGUGCUACCAAUGCGGGAGUACAGGGCAUAUUAAGCCAAACUGCCCUCAACUUGGUGGGAACCGGGGGUCAGGAUCAAGCGGCGCUACCACGACAAGUAGGAACCGGGCCGGAGCAUCUCAUGCUAGCGUGGGCCAGGGGGAGCGAGCACGAGCAAUGCGCCGUCCGUGAAUCAAGGAAGAACUCAAGCUAGAGUUUAUGCUAUGACGGAGGCGGAUGCACGUGCCAACCCGGACUCCGUUGCGGGUAAUUCCUUAAACUCAUGUAUUAAUUUUCGUAAACAAUAGGAGUGUGGAACUUGUAAAAUUAUAACCCCGACGAGUUUAGUCGGGUUUGAAGGGAAAAAGGGAGGAGAAUCCUCGCCCUGGGUGAAAACCGCCCGGCUUUGACGAAAGCCGCCCGGCUUUUGUCUUGAUUUAAUUGGGAUAAUACUACGGCAACGAAUGCCGGCCGGCUUCCACUGAGAACCGCCCGACUUUCGUCAAGAUUAAAUCAAAGAAAAUUCUCGCAACCAAAAACCGGCCGGCUUUUGGUGAAAACCGGACGGCUUUCGUAAACACCUCACCUGGAAAAUUUCUCGCAGCUGAAAGCCGCCCGGCUUUCAUGGAAGCCGCCCGGCUUUCAUGGAAGCCGCCCGGCUUUCGUUAAGCCUGGGGAUUCCUGCGUUGCUGAAACCCGG